CGCGCGCGCGAGGCUUACCCUCGCUCGGCGGCUGCGGCGGCUGCUUCUUUGUUUCGUGAGGAGAAGCGAGAAGCCCAUUCUGCCCCCGGCCCCGCGUGGAGGGGCGGGGGCGGCGCCGGGAAGGCGACGGCGCCGGCGACUCCCGCAGGAGACCACCGUCCGCAGCUCCUGUGAAGAUGUCCACACCAGACCCAGCCCUGGGAGGAACUCCUCGGCCAGGCCCUUCUCCCGGCCCGGGCCCCUCCCCUGGAGCCAUGUUGGGCCCCAGCCCGGGCCCCUCCCCUGGCUCCGCCCACAGCAUCAUGGGACCCAGCCCAGGGCCUCCCUCGGCAGGACACCCCAUCCCGACCCAGGGCCCUGGAGGGUACCCUCAGGACAACAUGCACCAGAUGCACAAGCCAAUGGAGUCCAUGCAUGAGAAGGGCAUGUCGGAUGACCCCCGCUACACCCAGAUGAAGGGGAUGGGGAUGCGGUCAGGGGGCCAUGCAGGCAUGGGGCCCCCGCCAAGCCCCAUGGACCAGCACUCCCAAGGUUACCCCUCACCCCUGGGCGGCUCUGAGCACGCCUCCAGCCCGGUUCCAGCCAGUGGCCCAUCCUCGGGCCCACAGAUGUCGUCUGGGCCCGGGGGGGCCCCGCUAGAUGGUGCUGAUCCGCAGGCUUUGGGGCAGCAGAACCGAGGCCCAACACCCUUCAACCAGAACCAGCUGCACCAGCUCAGAGCACAGAUCAUGGCCUACAAGAUGCUGGCCCGGGGGCAGCCCCUUCCCGACCACCUGCAGAUGGCCGUGCAGGGCAAGCGGCCGAUGCCCGGGAUGCAGCCACAGAUGCCAGCUCUACCUCCGCCCUCCGUGUCUGCAACAGGGCCCGGGCCCAGCCCUGGACCAGCACCUCCAAAUUACAGCAGGCCUCAUGGUAUGGGAGGGCCCAAUAUGCCCCCUCCAGGACCCUCAGGCGUGCCUCCUGGGAUGCCCGGCCAGCCCCCCGGAGGGCCUCCCAAGCCCUGGCCUGAAGGACCCAUGGCGAAUGCUGCUGCCCCCACGAGCACACCUCAGAAGCUGAUACCCCCACAGCCGACAGGCCGCCCGUCGCCUGCACCCCCUGCUGUCCCGCCCGCUGCCUCCCCUGUGAUGCCGCCCCAGACGCAGUCACCGGGGCAGCCAGCCCAGCCUGCUCCCAUGGUGCCGCUCCACCAGAAGCAGAGCCGCAUCACCCCGAUCCAGAAGCCGCGGGGCCUGGACCCCGUGGAGAUCCUGCAGGAGCGGGAAUACAGGCUGCAGGCUCGCAUCGCACACCGAAUUCAGGAACUUGAAAACCUUCCCGGGUCCCUGGCCGGGGAUUUGCGAACCAAAGCUACUAUCGAGCUCAAGGCCCUCAGACUGCUGAACUUCCAGAGGCAGCUGCGGCAGGAGGUGGUGGUGUGCAUGAGGAGGGACACAGCCCUGGAGACGGCCCUCAACGCCAAGGCCUAUAAGCGCAGCAAGCGGCAGUCCCUGCGCGAGGCCCGCAUCACCGAGAAGCUGGAGAAGCAGCAGAAGAUCGAGCAGGAGCGCAAGCGCCGGCAGAAGCACCAGGAAUACCUCAACAGCAUUCUUCAGCAUGCCAAGGAUUUCAAGGAAUAUCACAGGUCGGUCACAGGCAAAAUCCAGAAGCUCACAAAGGCGGUGGCCACGUACCACGCCAACACCGAGCGGGAACAGAAGAAGGAGAAUGAAAGAAUCGAGAAGGAGAGAAUGCGGAGGCUCAUGGCCGAGGACGAGGAGGGCUACCGAAAACUCAUUGACCAGAAGAAGGACAAGCGCCUGGCCUACCUCCUGCAGCAGACAGAUGAAUACGUAGCUAACCUCACGGAGCUGGUGCGGCAGCACAAGGCUGCCCAGGUGGCCAAGGAGAAGAAAAAGAAGAAGAAGAAGAAGAAGGCAGAAAAUGCUGAAGGACAGACGCCUGCGAUCGGACCUGAUGGCGAGCCUCUAGACGAGACCAGCCAAAUGAGCGACCUGCCGGUGAAAGUGAUCCACGUGGAGAGUGGGAAGAUCCUGACAGGCACAGAUGCACCCAAGGCUGGGCAGCUGGAGGCCUGGCUGGAGAUGAACCCGGGGUAUGAAGUAGCUCCAAGAUCUGAUAGUGAAGAGAGUGGCUCAGAAGAAGAGGAGGAGGAGGAGGAGGAGGAGCAGCCGCAGCCCACACAGCCCCCCACCCUGCCUGUGGAGGAGAAGAAGAAGAUUCCGGAUCCCGACAGCGACGAUGUCUCCGAGGUGGAUGCCCGGCACAUCAUUGAGAAUGCCAAGCAAGAUGUGGACGACGAGUACGGCGUGUCUCAGGCCCUCGCUCGUGGCCUGCAGUCCUAUUAUGCUGUGGCCCACGCCGUUACCGAGAGGGUGGACAAGCAGUCGGCGCUUAUGGUCAAUGGCGUGCUCAAGCAGUACCAGAUCAAAGGCUUGGAGUGGCUGGUGUCCCUGUACAACAACAACCUGAACGGCAUCCUGGCUGACGAGAUGGGCCUGGGCAAGACCAUCCAGACCAUCGCGCUCAUCACGUACCUCAUGGAGCACAAGCGCAUCAACGGGCCCUUCCUCAUCAUAGUGCCCCUCUCAACCCUCUCCAACUGGGCCUACGAGUUUGACAAGUGGGCCCCCUCCGUGGUGAAGGUGUCCUACAAGGGCUCCCCAGCAGCCAGACGUGCUUUCGUCCCCCAGCUCCGCAGCGGCAAGUUCAACGUCUUGCUGACGACAUAUGAGUACAUCAUUAAGGACAAGCACAUCCUUGCAAAGAUCCGCUGGAAGUACAUGAUCGUGGACGAAGGCCACCGCAUGAAGAACCACCACUGCAAGCUGACGCAGGUCCUCAACACGCACUACGUGGCGCCCCGCCGCCUGCUGCUGACAGGCACACCGCUGCAGAACAAGCUGCCCGAGCUCUGGGCACUGCUCAACUUCCUGCUGCCCACCAUCUUCAAGAGUUGCAGCACCUUCGAGCAGUGGUUCAACGCGCCCUUCGCCAUGACCGGGGAGAAGGUGGACCUGAACGAGGAGGAAACCAUCCUCAUCAUCCGUCGUCUCCACAAAGUGCUGCGGCCCUUCCUGCUCCGGCGGCUCAAGAAGGAGGUGGAGGCUCAGUUGCCUGAAAAGGUGGAGUACGUCAUCAAGUGCGACAUGUCAGCCCUGCAGCGCGUGCUCUAUCGGCACAUGCAGGCCAAGGGGGUGCUGCUGACCGACGGCUCCGAGAAGGACAAGAAGGGCAAAGGUGGUACCAAGACCCUGAUGAACACCAUCAUGCAGCUGAGGAAGAUCUGCAACCACCCGUACAUGUUCCAGCACAUCGAGGAGUCCUUUUCCGAGCACUUGGGGUUUACUGGCGGCAUCGUCCAAGGGCUGGACCUGUACCGAGCCUCAGGGAAAUUCGAGCUGCUCGAUAGAAUUCUUCCCAAACUCCGGGCCACCAACCACAAAGUGCUGCUCUUCUGUCAGAUGACCUCCCUCAUGACCAUCAUGGAAGACUAUUUUGCAUAUCGCGGCUUUAAAUACCUCAGGCUCGAUGGAACCACGAAAGCGGAGGACCGGGGGAUGCUGCUGAAAACCUUCAACGAGCCCGGCUCCGAGUACUUCAUCUUCCUGCUCAGCACCCGGGCCGGGGGCCUGGGUCUGAACCUCCAGUCGGCUGACACUGUGAUCAUAUUUGACAGUGACUGGAACCCCCACCAGGACCUGCAGGCGCAGGACCGUGCCCACCGCAUCGGGCAGCAGAACGAGGUGCGUGUGCUCCGCCUGUGCACGGUCAACAGCGUGGAGGAGAAGAUCCUGGCCGCGGCCAAGUACAAGCUCAACGUGGACCAGAAGGUGAUCCAGGCCGGCAUGUUUGACCAGAAGUCCUCCAGCCACGAGCGGCGCGCCUUCCUGCAGGCCAUCCUGGAGCACGAGGAGCAGGACGAGAGCAGACACUGCAGCACGGGCAGCGGCAGUGCCAGCUUCGCCCACACUGCCCCUCCGCCAGCGGGCGUCAACCCCGACUCGGAGGAGCCACCUCUAAAGGAAGAAGACGAGGUGCCUGACGACGAGACGGUGAACCAGAUGAUAGCCCGGCACGAGGAGGAGUUCGACCUGUUCAUGCGCAUGGACCUGGACCGCCGGCGUGAGGAGGCCCGCAACCCCAAGCGGAAGCCGCGGCUCAUGGAGGAGGACGAGCUCCCCUCGUGGAUCAUCAAGGACGAUGCCGAGGUGGAGCGGCUGACCUGUGAGGAGGAGGAAGAGAAGAUGUUCGGCCGUGGCUCCCGUCACCGCAAGGAGGUGGACUACAGUGACUCACUGACUGAGAAGCAGUGGCUCAAGGCCAUCGAGGAGGGCACGCUGGAGGAGAUCGAAGAGGAGGUCCGGCAGAAGAAAUCGUCACGGAAGCGCAAGCGAGACAGCGACGCCGGCCCCUCCACCCCAACCACCAGCACUCGCAGCCGCGAUAAGGACGACGAGAGCAAGAAGCAGAAGAAGCGCGGCCGGCCACCUGCUGAGAAGCUCUCCCCUAACCCGCCCAACCUCACCAAGAAAAUGAAGAAGAUCGUGGAUGCCGUGAUCAAGUACAAGGACAGCAGCAGUGGACGCCAGCUCAGCGAGGUGUUCAUCCAGCUACCGUCCCGCAAGGAGCUGCCCGAGUACUACGAGCUCAUCCGCAAGCCUGUGGACUUCAAGAAGAUAAAGGAGCGCAUCCGCAACCACAAGUACCGCAGCCUCAACGACCUGGAGAAGGACGUGAUGCUGCUGUGUCAGAAUGCACAGACCUUCAACCUGGAGGGUUCCCUGAUCUAUGAAGACUCCAUCGUCCUGCAGUCGGUCUUCACCAGCGUGCGGCAGAAAAUUGAGAAGGAGGACGACAGUGAAGGGGAGGAGAGCGAGGAGGAGGAGGAGGGCGAGGAGGAAGGCUCCGAGUCAGAGUCUCGCUCAGUCAAAGUGAAGAUCAAGCUCGGCCGGAAGGAGAAGGCCCAGGAUCGGCUCAAGGGGGGCCGGCGGCGGCCGAGCCGCGGGUCCAGGGCCAAGCCAGUGGUGAGCGACGACGACAGCGAGGAGGAGCAGGAAGAGGACCGCUCAGGAAGUGGCAGCGAGGAAGACUGAGUCCCGACAUUCCAGAGUCUCGACCCCGAGCCCCUCGUUCCAGAGCCGAGACGGUGUUAGCCCUUAGCAGUAACGGGUAGCAGCAGAUGUAGUUUCAGACUUGGGAUAAAAACUGUAUAAACGAAAAUCUUCCAUAUUUAUACGGCAGAGAAGAUGUAGGACUGUCUGUGUCUGGCCCUGUCCUGGCAUCAAUAGCGUUUGUAACAGCAUUAACUGUUUAAAACGAGAAAAAAAGGAGAAAAAAAACGAAUUAUGAAUUGGGGAACACGCGACACCUGUCUUUCUUCCCUCUCCCUGGCAGUACUGUUGCGGCCACAGUUUGGAAUCACUGUAGUUUAAAGCUGUGGAUGCAUGCGUGUAGCCGUCCACUCCUCGUACUGUAUUUUAUUGGACAGGUCAGACUCGCCAGGGCUGGGGUCUGCAGGCCCGGCGAGGGUAUGUCAGUGUCACUGGAUGUCAAACAGUAAUAAAUUAAA